AUGCCUGGCGGCAGGGAGGACGAGAUUUGCCAGAAAGCGCUGCAGCUGCUGGCCGAGCUCUGCUCCAGCGGGGCGGUGGAGAACGAGAACUGCCUGGAUUUCAUCUACUACUUGCGGGACAGAGCCCGACCCCGGCUCACGGACUCAGAUAUCUCAGUAAGCUUGCUGUCCUUAGUUGUCACAGCCUGUGGACUUGCUCUCUUUGGUGUGUCUCUGUUUGUGUCCUGGAAGCUUUGCUGGAUCCCUUGGCGAGAACGUGGCCUGCCCUCUGGGAGCAAAGACAACAAGCAGGGAUCGCUGAACUAUACAGACACAGAGACCAAUGACCAUGAAUACAGUGAGGAUUACCUGGGGCAGCCCACUUCCUACCCGGAGUCCUCCCUGAAGAUUAGCCACACUUCCCCUGAUAUUCCAUUAGAUGCUCAGGCAGGGACCAAGGAGAAUUGUGUGCACAAUGUCCGAAUGCAUCGCCAAAUCACAGAACCAACCUCUUCUGCUCGGCACAAUUCAAUCCGAAGACAGCUCAAUCUCUCGAACCCUGACUUCAACAUCCAGCAGCUUCAAAAACAGGAGCAGCUGACAGGGAUUGGACGCAUUAAGCCAGAGUUGUAUAAGCAAAGAUCAGUGGAUACCGAUGAUGGCCGGAGGAAUAACAGCAAGGCCUGUGGGAAACUCAACUUCAUUCUGAAAUAUGAUUGUGAUUUAGAGCAGUUGAUAGUGAAGAUUCACAAAGCUGUCAACCUGCCAGCAAAGGACUUUUCUGGAACUUCAGACCCUUAUGUGAAGAUCUAUUUGCUUCCAGAUAGAAAAACAAAACAACAGACUAAAGUGCAUAGAAAGACCCUAAAUCCAGUGUUUGAUGAGGUUUUUUUAUUUCCCGUUCCGUACAAUGAUCUGACCACAAGGAAACUCCACUUCUCUGUGUAUGACUUUGACAGAUUCUCCAGGCAUGACUUGAUUGGCCAAGUGAUAGUGGAUAAUUUUUUAGAUUUGGCAGACUUUCCCAGGGAAAGUAAUAUUUGGAGGGAUAUUGAGUAUGUCACCAAUGACAACGUGGAUCUUGGUGACUUGAUGUUCUCACUCUGCUACCUUCCAACAGCUGGCAGAUUAACUAUUACCAUAAUAAAGGCUAGGAAUUUAAAGGCAAUGGACAUAACAGGAGCAUCAGAUCCCUACGUGAAGGUUUCUUUAAUGUGCGAAGGACGGCGGCUAAAGAAAAGGAAAACAUCCACCAAGAGGAAUACCCUCAAUCCUGUUUACAAUGAAGCCAUAGUCUUUGAUGUCCCUCCGGAAAACAUUGACCAAAUUAACUUGUCAAUAGCAGUUAUGGAUUAUGACCGUGUAGGUCACAAUGAGGUCAUUGGAGUGUGUCAAAUAGGCAACGAUGCAGAGAGCCUAGGCCGGGACCACUGGAAUGAAAUGCUUUCGUACCCUCGGAAACCGAUUGCUCAUUGGCAUCCCCUUGCAGAGGGCCCUAUUCAGCAGAAAUGUUAUGCAGGCCUUCUGCACAUGGAUGGCUGCCGAAGAGGCUUCCUCACCCUUUUAACCUAUUCAGCAGAAAUUUGGCAUUCCUGUUGAUCUCUUUCUUAGCCAUUUCCUCAGGGGCCAUUCCGCAGAGAGUCCAGAGGGUAGAGACAUCCUUCUAACCCCUCCCCCUCACUCCCUUCCCUCCCCAGGGAAUACUAAUCCUGAUUCAGGAGACAAAAAAAAAAAAAAUCAUAGACACAGCUAUAUCUUGAUUUCUGAAAGUUACCACCAUUUAGCUCUAAUCUAGGCAAAGGUACUGUUAUCCACAUACAACAAUAAUAGUGGUCUCUGCUGUAACCUAGGAAUUACUUUUAUUGUUACAUGUAUUGUUUAAAUUCAGAUGGCAAUGCAUGUUCACACCCAUUUCCAGAGACUUAUGGAUAGAAAUAUGGUAGCCUGUUUAACAACUAGCAUGCUAACCCUCAGCGCAGAAGGAUGGGAAGGCCUGCCAUAUUGAUAUUUCUAGCCAGCAGCCACAAUGCCCAUUAGUUAUCCAAAGAUAUGAUUAGAGCAUAUCUAAUGGGCAGCCUCUCUAUGUAUGUCGUAUUGAUUAGAAUGUAAUUGGGGAUGCUUACAGUGAUAUGGCAGUUUUGCUAAGUUAUAGGUAUCAACCAUAGAUGGCUUCAGUAGACAGUUGGCAAGUACCAGGAAGCCCUUGUACAAUGAUAGCAGUAUCCUACUGGGACUGCAUCUCCAUGACUGAUCAUGUUUAGUAAUGGGUCCCACUGCAGUUCAGUCCGCAUGUCUGGGACCUCUGAGUGCCCACAAACUGCUUGAAUGAAUGGAGUGGAAGACUGCACCUGGAAAUAGUCCAAACAAGGUGGUGAAGUUCAGCACACAAAGCUCUGGGCUCACUGAGAAGCUGAAGACAUGACCAGGGGCACUUUAUCCUUUUCAUGACAAUGCAAGAGCCAAAAUUGUGCUUUGCUCUGAUUGAGCUGGGCUUGGAAAACAGAGCACCUUGCUCUUAACUGUAGUCAAACAAUGACACGAGUGGCUUGACAGAACACUCAUGGAGCAUUAUAAACCAGCAGGACAAUGUCUGUUAGCAGAGGUUAUGCACGCCCUUACAUCAAACCUGUGUUUCCUUCUUUGAGGGCAAUGAGCUGCAGAAGUCUUGUUCAUAGAAAAGAGAGGGCUGUCAGAAUCUAAUUGACAUCACUAUUCUCUCAGCACAUGCUCAGUUGAGUCCUUCAGCGGUCAUUAAUGUGAGUCACUUUACAUCUACCUGAGCUACAAAGAGGCAUAUGUCUGUAAUUCCCAAGAAUCGAGUGAGGGAGGGUGCCCAAAGCAUCUAAGUUGUGCAGAGAAAUAUUUAUACAAACAACGUAUAAUUUUGGGUCCUGAAUCAGGAUUAGGCUCAGUGAUAGCUGAGCUUUGGAAGCUUCUAGAGCCUCUGUGGCCAGAGCCAUAAGACUCUAUUUGCUGAAUAGGACCCUCAGUUUUCAAACGAAUGUUUCAACUAUGUGAAGAGUGGUUUGUUUAGAUAGUCUAACGGUAUCCGCGAGUAACAGUAACAGCCAGAGGUUUUGGUGGUACCUACAAAUUACUGGUACAGCCACUAGUAUUGCCCAAAUUCAGAUGGCAAGUCAAAUUCAUGCCCAUUUCCAGAGAUUCAUGGAACUGUUUGGUUUUAACAGCAA